AUGGAUAACGACCUGUUAAAGGACAUAAUGGAUACCGACCUGCAAAAGAACAUAAUGGAUACCGACCUGCUAAAGGACAUAAUGGAUACCGACCUGCUAAAGAACAUAAUGGAUACCGACCUGCUAAAGAACAUAAUGGAUACCGACCUGCUAAAGUACAUAAUGGAUACCGACCUGCUAAAGUACAUAAUGGAUACCGACCUGCUAAAGAACAUAAUGGAUACCGACCUGCUAAAGAACAUAAUGGAUACCGACCUGCUAAAGGACAUAAUGGAUACCGACCUGCUAAAGUACAUAAUGGAUACCGACCUGCUAAAGGACAUAAUGGAUACCGACCUGCUAAAGGACAUAAUGGAUACCGAUCUGCUAAAGAACAUAAUGGAUACCGACCUGCUAAAGGACAUAAUGGAUACCGACCUGCUAAAGAACAUAAUGGAUACCGACCUGCUAAAAUAG